GUCUGUCCUCUCCAUCCAUCCACGUAUACCCCCCUUCCUCCCUCUCUCCCCUUAAAAAACUCCUCUUCCUUUCCUCCUUUCCUCCUUGUUUCAUUAGAUCAUCGUCAUGGGUCGCCCGCUUUUCUCAAAGUCCCUCCAGACCGCCCCCGCAGUCCGUGAGCCGGAGUCCCCCUGCCCCUACGAAAAGUGGUCCCACAUCAACCCAUUCGACCCCGAUUCUGAUGAAUUCAACGAGCACGCCGAGUACGAGGCCUUCAUUGGUCCCGCCCUCGUAGACGUCAUCACGGAGGAAGAUGAGAGAGACACCGUCGUGAUCCGGCUCACCGGCUCCGCCAACAGGAGCCCCUCGGACAGCGACGAGAGCCUCAGCGACGAGAGCAGCCCCAUGGCCGUCGGCAGCGAGGACCCCGCACACAUGCUCGCGGGUGCAUACCGUAACUUCCGCCGCGCCGACGAGGAAGAAGAGUACCCCGUAUACAUCGACCCCCGGCGGCAGGCGGUGCCCGUAGCGUCCAACGUCUACGUGCCCCCUACACCCCCUGGCGGUAACUCAGUAGCCCCGCUGCCGUCCUUUCCCAUGGCGCCCACUACACCCCAGCGCCUAACGAUGGGCACGAGGGCCGUCCCUGUCCCCAUCCCGGGCUCACGCUCGCGCAGAGCGGCGUCCAUCGACAGCUUCACCAUGGCGCCCUCGUUCAACCACAACUUUCCCUCCACGCCACCGAGCCUGAGCCAAGCUGGUGCUGCCGCUGUUGGCUCUUAUUCUCAGAUCACGCCCUCGCCCCCGCCCAACGCGACUCCCCGUAUCUAUUCGUGGACCCCCCACAACGCCCGCCCUUCCGCUCUUUCCAGCUCGCCCGCGGCCAACCUCGGCCCGCUGACGAACCGCGGUGCCCGCCUAUCGCACACGCACAUCGCGCCGUCGUCGUCCCUCGUUCGCUCAAGGGACCUCAUGGUCUAGGCCCGUAGCACCACCUAAAACCACUCGCCGGCUUCGACCCACUCUCGGGCUCAAAGCCACGUCGACUGGCUUGCCGGUUCUAUUCGGUCAUCAUUGGGACACUUGUCGAGACGUAUAAACAACAACACAUCAAUCAAUGGUCUACACUAAGCUAAUGCUGAUCAAUUUUUAUGCACUAAACUAGCGACUCGCACGUUGUCCCACCACCCGCCCCAUUAUAUGCUGUAUAUCAUGUUGUGCUGCUAGCCCUUCUGUAUCAUGGAUAGACUCAUCUAGAUCCUUUUUGUUUUCUCCGUCUCUUUUUGGGUUUGCUCUGCUGCUGCGACUACGAUACAUGGGCAGAUGACUCCGGCUUCCGGCAGACCUCCUUUAUGCAUGCAUCCUUCCUUCUGUCAUCCAUUACAUGCUGAUUUACUACAUGUUCUUAUUUAUCUCACUGGCCC